CUGCCUGGCAAGUCAUAUGACGUCCUACUUACUUGUAUAUUGAAGAGCUACAUUUCUGUAAACUUAGCAAAUGAUAAAAAACAACAAAACUUCAUUCUGAUCUGAACUCCUGAAGGAGCUUCACUGUUCGUCCGUCAUGUCUUCGAACAAAAGCAGCUUUAAGGAGCUGAAUCCCACUUUGUCACUCUGGACUGUGGCUCUCUGCUCAGCUUUGGUCCUCAGCGCACCACUGGACGGUCAACUCCAGGUGGUUGGUCCAGCUCAGCCAAUCACGGCUGUUCUCGGUGAUGACAUCAUCCUGCCGUGCUGCCUGGAGCCUGCUGCUGACGUUCAGGAUAAAACAAUACUUUGGUCCGACCCGGACCUCAAACUGGACCCGCUGAACCCUCAGAGAGGAGUGGAGUACGUACACCUGUACAGGAACAGGAAAGAGGUCCCUGACAUGCAGAUCACGUCGUAUUUUGGCAGAACGACGCUGUUUGAGGACGAACUGAAGCGCGGGAACAUCUCGCUGAAAAUCACAAACGUGACGAUGGAGGACCAGGGCAGGUACCGGUGCUUCAUCCCCAAGCUGAAGAGCAGAGCGAACGCCGCCAUAGUUCAGCUUGUUGUCGUUCCAAACGUUGUUGAAACCUCGACGAAACCACCGCUGGACCUCAGAAACCUCCAAACUCCAGACCCGCUGGACGACACUCGGCCUGACGGUGGGAGAACGCUCCAACUCUGAUCAUUUCCAGAAUCAUUCAGGGUUUGACGUGUUUACUGACCGUUG